AAAUGUAUUACAAACUUAUAAUUAAUUUUAUGGAAAUAACAUGAUAAUAAUAAUUUAAUUCAACUAUAUGUGCGUAUAUAAGUACACACAUACAUAAGUAAAUUUAAUAUUAUGUAUGAGUCUCACUUUUAUAAUUGAAGGAUAUAUUAUUAAUGACUGCACUAGUAUACUCUGUUUCACUGAUUGUAUUCAGAAGGAACAGUGCUAUUGACUAAUGAACUUGUCUUUUGUAAUGAUCUCAGAAAUAUUGUGAAAUUGCUCGGAGGAAACUUUCUGGGAUAUUCUUAUCAAUACACGAACGCAAUCAUCAUUGAGGCAGAGUGUACUUAAAGGUACACAUUCGCGCACACAUCGACUUAUAUUAAUCGGACAAUUCUAUAUAUAUAGAAUAUGUGGCCUGAUAUACAUAUAAUGAUAUAUAACAUAACAUUUUUAACUUCAAUAUAGUAUUGAUCGUAGAAUGCUUCAAGAAUGCUUAAUGUCGUUUAUUUGAAUCUGUACUCCUUGAAUGAUAUGAAAUUAAGGGAAAAUUUUGUCAUAUAAUGAAUGAACGAAUUAAAUGCAUAUCUUGGAAAUAUUGCAGCUAUAUAGUCUUUUAAGAAGAUAAGUAGGUCUAGAUCAUCGAAUGUGUAUGUGUAUGUGUGUAUGUGGUUUUGUAUACACACACAUGUGGUAAUCUUUCCUAUGGAGUGCAUUUUAUAUAUAUAUACACAUACAUACAUAUGGCAGUAAUAGAUUGUCUUUUCUGUAUCUAUAUUAUUUCUUUCAACAUCAUCAUCAUCAUCAUCGUUAAUAGAUAAUUCAAUUGAAGUGAUUAAAACGUAACAUAUAAAUUUGAUCUUUGGUGACAUGAAAGCCCAUGUAGUUUUAUUAAUAUUGUCCUAUUUGACGUGGACAAUCGCUGAUGUAGAUUUCGAUACAAAUUUGACAUUGUCGGAGUUAUACGAGAGUGCUGUGGAAGCAUAUCUAAACGAAGAAUGGGAUGAAUGUAUUAAAAGAUUUACCAAGGCUUUACGUGGGUAUAAAAUCUACAAACAAACAUUAAUAAAAUGUCGAAGAAAUUGUGCAAUGGAAGCAGAAGGGUGGCAACCAUUUUAUCCAGAGAAUAUAGAAGAUUUACAUUUUUAUGAAAAAAAAGUACGCGAGACACUUUGUUUAAUGAAGUGUAAUCAAGAUUAUAAGGAUAUUGCUAACAAGCAAAAAAUUAAACGAUUACCUAUUGAUAUAGAAAGGAAGUUCAUAGAACAUCGUGUUUAUGAAUAUUUGCAUAUAUGUUAUUAUCAGAAAAAUCAUUUCCAAGAUGCAGCUAAUGCAGUCUUCACUUUUUUGGUUAUGCAUCCGCACCAUAAUAUGAGUGCUAACAAUUUGAAAUACUAUCUCACCUUACCAGGUGUACAUGCGGAUAAUGUUUCCAAUUUGGAGAUGUCACAUUUCUUAAUUCCUUAUACUACUGGUGUGUCAGAAUAUGAAAAAGAAAAUUAUAAGGAGUCAGUUAAAUUGUUUGAAAAUUCUUUGCGAGAUUACUUGAAUUUGGAAAACGAAUGUAGAAUCUAUUGCGAAGGACCUUUCGACCAAGGAUGGCAUCCUGAAUUCACAUCCUUAUUAGCAAAUCAUUUUACUUACUCUUUGAAAUGUAAACGUAGCUGUUCGCGUCUGCUUAAUUAUGUGAAUGGAGAAAAUCGAGAUGAUCUACUUAGAAGCCAUUAUAAUUACUUACAAUUUGCUUAUUAUAAAUUAGGAAAUUUAGCAGCAGCAGCAAAAGCAGUUGAAAGCUAUUUAUUAUUUGAUCCAGUUGAUGAAACAAUGUUAAACAAUAAAAAAUAUUAUCUUGGAUUACCGAAAGUAAAAAAGGAAUAUUUUGCCCCAAGAGAGGAAGCACUUGCUUAUAUGAAGAGACAAGAAUAUGAACGAAGAAUUUUGCGUUACAUUUCUGAAGAAUUUACAAUCUUAUCUGCAGAAUUGAAACAUGCAUCAAAUAAAACGAAUAAGCAAGAAAAUGAAGUUCAUUAAAUUUUUAUCAAAAGAACUUUUUAAAAUCCUAAUUGUUAUUUGUCUAUACUAUAUACGCAUGUGUAUGUUAUGUGUUGUAUAUUAUACGUUUUAU